AUGGAGAAUCUAUGGCGAGCAGCGACAGGCCAAGAACCCGACCCAGAAUCCUACGCCGGAAUCGAAUUCUGGUCAAACCCAGAACGCGCCGGCUGGCUAACAAAGCAAGGCGACUACAUCAAAACGUGGCGGCGGCGCUGGUUCGUUCUCAAACAAGGCAAACUCUUCUGGUUCAAGGACCAAUCCUCCGCCGCCACACACUCCUCCGUCCCGCGCGGCGUGAUCUCCGUAUCCACCUGCCUCACUGUAAAAGGAGCCGAGGACGUUCUUCACAAAGCCUCCGCCUUCGAACUCUCCACGCCGGAGUCCACUAUGUUCUUUAUUGCCGAUAAUGAUAAGGAUAAAGAAGAUUGGAUCAAUUCGAUUGGGAGGGCGAUUGUUCUUGGGUCGAGAUCUCAUGCUGCUUCUGAGUAA